GGAGCAUGGCCCUCGCCGCGUCGCUGCUGCCACCGCUGCUGCUGCUGCUCUUGGGGCGGCCGGGGCUGGGAGCGCCGGGGCAGGGCGCGGGCACCUGGUCCCGCUUCGCCCGGCUGCCCUACCCGCAGGACCAGCUCUUCCUCUACGACACCUUCCCCGACGGCUUCCUCUGGGGCGCGGGCAGCGCCGCCUACCAGACGGAGGGCGGCUGGCGCCAGGGCGGCAAAGGCGCGUCAGUCUGGGACACCUUCGCCCACCGCCCGGCCACGCCGUCGGGGGCCGCCCCGCCGGGCCCCGUGGGCGGCGACGUGGCCAGCGACAGCUACAACAACCUGUUCCGCGACGUCGAGGGGCUGCGGCGCCUGGGGGUCUCGCAUUACCGCUUCUCGCUGUCCUGGGCCCGGCUGCUGCCCAACGGGACGGCGCCGCCCAACCCCGCCGGGCUGGCGCACUACGGGCGGCUGCUGGUCCGCCUGCGAGAGCUGGGCGUCGAGCCCGUGGUCACCCUCUACCACUGGGACCUGCCGCAGGCCCUGCAGGACGCCUUCGGCGGCUGGGCCAGCCCCGUCCUGCCCGGGCUCUUCCGCGACUACGCCGAGCUGUGCUUCCGGCACUUCGGCGGGCAGGUUCGCUACUGGCUGACCAUGGACAACCCGUACGUGGUGGCCUGGCACGGCUACGGCACGGGGCGGCUGCCGCCCGGCGUGCGGGGAGGCCCGCGCCUGGCCUACCUGGCCGCCCACCACCUGCUCCAGGCCCAUGCUAAGGUCUGGCACCUCUACAAUGACCAUUUCCGUCCGACUCAAAGAGGAAAAGUGUCCAUUGCCCUCAGCUCCCACUGGAUAAAACCCCAGCGUAUGACUGAAAAGAACAUAAAAGAAUGCCAAAAAUCUCUUGAUUUUGUGCUUGGCUGGUUUGCUAAGCCCAUAUUUAUUGAUGGUGACUAUCCAGAGAGCAUGAGGAGCAACCUCUCAUCUCUGUUGCCUGAAUUCAGUGAGGCUGAGAAGAAGUAUAUCAAGGGAACAGCAGACUUUUUUGCUCUUUCUUUUGGAGCUACCUUGAGUUUCCAGCUUUUGGACUCCCACAUGAAAUUUCAGCAGUUGGAAUCAAUAAGCCUGAGGCAGCUCCUUUACUGGAUAAACAGUGAAUAUAACAACCCCCAAAUAUUCAUUGUGGAGAAUAGCUGGUUCGUUUCUGGUACCACCAAGAAAGAUGAUGCCAAAUAUAUUUACUAUCUCAAAAAGUUCAUUAUGGAAACUUUAAAAGCUAUCCGGUACGACAGAGUAAAUGUGUUUGGCUACACAGUCUGGUCCCUCCUGGAUGGCUUUGAGUGGCACAGGGGGUACAGCAUUCGACGUGGACUGUUUUAUGUUGAUUUUCAAAGCCACGACAAGAAGUUGAUGCCCAAAUCUUCUGUCUUGUUCUAUCAAAAGUUGAUAGAAAAAAAUGGCUUCCCACCUUUGCCUGAGAACCAGCCCAUAGAAGGUAUUUUUCCCUGCGGCUUUGCUUGGGGAAUUGUUGACAACUACAUUCAGGUAGACACGACACCUGCCCAAUUCCUUGACUCCAGUGUUUAUGUGUGGGAUGUUCACCAGACGAAGCAGCUCAUUAAAGUGGAUGGAGUUUACGCCUCGAAGCGCAAGCGUCACUGUGUUGACUUUGCUGCUAUCAGGCUCCAGAUCUCUCUUCUGCAAGAAAUGCAUGUCACACACUUCCAUUUUUCACUGAAAUGGUCUUUAAUCCUUCCUUUAGGUAACCUUUCUCUAAUCAACCACACACUUGUACAGUACUAUCAGUGCUUUGCUAGUGAACUUCUCAGGGUUAACAUAACUCCUGUUGUUGCUUUAUGGCAACCUAUGAUUGAGAAUCAAGAGCUUCCAGUUUCUCUUGCCAAAUAUGGUGCUUGGGAAAACACAGAAACUGUUCAGGCUUUUGUUGAGUAUGCCAGAUUCUGCUUUACAAGUCUUGGGGACCAUGUCAAAUUUUGGAUCACCAUGAAUGAACCGUCUGUGAAAAACCUGACAUACACAGCAGGGCACAACCUGUUGAAAGCCCAUGCAAAAGUCUGGCAUCUUUAUGACAAAGAAUUCAGGAGAUCUCAGAAGGGCAAGAUAUCUAUAGCUUUGCAAGCUGACUGGGUAGAACCAGCUUGUCCCUUUUCCAGGAAUGACCAAGAAGUUGCUGACAGAAUUUUAGAGUUUGACAUUGGCUGGCUUGCAGAGCCCAUCUUUGGGAAUGGAGACUACCCAGAGGUGAUGAGAGCGUGGCUUCACCGAAGAAACAGUGUUGACCUGUAUAAUUUCCACUUGCCUUACUUCUCAGAAGAUGAAAAGAAGUUAAUACAGGGAUCAUUUGAUUUUUUUGCCUUGAGUCACUACACUACUACCCUUGUGGGCUCAGAGAAAGAAGAUGCAGUAAAAUAUGACCACUACCUUGAAGUUCAAAUGAUCAAUGACAUCACGUGGCUUCACUCACCCGGCAGAGCUGCGGUAGUGCCCUGGGGGCUGCGUAAAUUGCUCAAGUGGGUGAAAUCAAAGUAUGGCAAUGUCCCAGUUUAUGUUAUGGCUAAUGGGAUUGAUGAUGACCAGAAUAUGGUGCAUGAUAAGCUCAGAGUGUAUUACAUACAGAAUUACAUCAAUGAAGCUUUAAAAGCUUACACCUUGGAUGAUGUUAACCUUCAAGGAUAUUUUGUCUAUUCUUUUAAUGACAAAACUGCUCCUAAGUAUGGUCUCUACAGCUACGUUGCAAAUCAGUAUGAACCAAAGCCUUCACUGAAACAUUACAGAGAAAUAAUUGGCAAUAAUGGUUUUCCUGGUCCUGAAACUCCUGAGUUGCUGUGUCCAGAAGAGGUUGCCUCAUGUGCCGAUUGCCACUUCUUCCGAACAAGAAAAUCGUUAUUAGCCUUUAUCUCUUUCGUAUUUGUUGCAUUUAUUGUUACUAUAUUCUUCAUUACUUACUACUCCAAGAGGGUGGAAAGACGGUAUAAAUAGAGCUUCUCCUUUGAAUACAUCACUCACUGUCCUUUUUCUUGCAAUCCCUUGGGAAAUCUGAAAUAAAAAUGAACAAUGCUGUGAUUGCUUCAGCAUUAGGAAGGCAUUUACAUUGCUUGGUACUGCAGGAUAUUGACAUUGAGAAGCUAUUGCUUGCAUAUAGCUUCCAGAAAUCAUUUUCUCUGUUGUAGUACCUUUGGUUUAUAACCAGUCCUUGAUUCCUGUGGUUGGAGUUGUCUCACAACUUUCCCUGGGACCUUUUGUUAAGCAGAUGCUUUACCCUUCUUGGAUUUCCCUUGCUGAACUGUACAGGUAAAAGUAGGUUUUGAAAAUGUGGUAUGAUGGAAGAGUCUAAAUGUCAAAUUCUCCAUACUGAGGUGAAACAAGAAUUUGCUUUUCCAAAUUAGGAUUUAACUAUGAUGUUUCUUAACCAGAGCUAGAACCUAACUGGAGCAGAGAUCAUGACUGAGAAGGAAGUGGAGGAGAAUUGCGAAAAGCAGUGUCAGGGGAAAGAUUAACCCCUGUCCUAAAGCAGAUGCAGGAGGAAGAACAGGGGGAAAUGAGUCUGUACUGCUGGGAGCUCUUGGUAAGUCAGUAACUGGUACUGUGACUAUGUCUGAGUUCAGGAUGCCAUUGGGGAACUUCAGUUAAAGGAACUGUGUCAUUCUCAGGGGGGUAAAAAGCAGAGAUAUAUCCAGGGAUUGCAGGGGUCAUGCCAUCUACUGGGAAGAGAUGAGAAGGGUGAAAGGGCUUCCCUUUGUUUUACUCAGGGAAAAAAAGGUAAAGAGCAGGAACUGGGAUGUCUUCACUGUCUCAGCUGGCAGAGAGCUGUUUGCCUGAUCCCAGUGCCUCUUGCCCUGUACCCAGGGACAGGGCACAGCUGGGACAUCCUGUUUCUGCACUUCUCACAGCCAGUUGAACUCAGCUGCCACUGCUGCUGCCCAGCCACUUACCUGCUGGAAACUUGUGAUAACUUAGCAGGGAUGGUCUCUGCGUGCUAUUUGUGUUGAGUGCAGAGUUUUCAAAAGGCAGCAUUUUGGUGUAAUAGUGCAGCACUUUAUUGCUGCCAGAGUCUGGGACUGUGGAGCUGCCUCUCACAGGUUGGCUGGAGGUUCUGCUUUGAGCAAGUGGAUCUGGCAGCAUUUGAUCCCUAAGUAUUACUGAAUGUCUGAGGGCCUGUUUUUCUCUCAACAAGAUGAAAUAGUGGAAUGUUAGCACCAUUGUUUAUUAGGAGAAAUAGAGAAUGGGAAAGAAACCUGUGUCAUUUGCCUGCCUUGUGAAUUGCUGCAUUCAGAGGAUCCUCAGGGUAAAGCACUACGGUCAUUUUUGUCUGGUCUCUAACUCUAGGCCUGCAUUGCCUUCAGCUGUAAUUGUAUUUUUAUUGUUAUGUGGACAAUGUCACUCACUGGAAAGAACAUUUUAAAAGAAAUGUGCUCUAUGUUAAUCAAGAAUUAUUUAUCUACUAAGGCUGAUUAUGUUGUAUUUAAUGUGAUGUUUAUCUACUAGAUUACUAGAAGAUGACUAAAUAACCUCCCAAGAUUCUUGUCAACUUGAACACUCUAUGGUUCUAUACUGUAUAUUAAA